AUGAGGGCGGUAACAAGGAGGUUCGGAGGUUCGGAGAUUGAAGUCUCUGCGGAGCAAAAGUGUGGCCAUUGCAAACAUCUUGCUCCAGAGUAUGAGGCAGCUGCCACUCGACUAAAAGGCAUCGUCCCACUUGCUAAGGUGGACUGUACCGCCAGUUCCAGCGUGUGCGGCAAAUAUGGCGUGAGCGGAUACCCAACCCUGAAGAUUUUCAGAGAUGGAGAGGAUUCUGGUAGCUACGACGGUCCCAGGACAGCAGAUGGAAUUGUUAGCCACCUGAAGAAGCAGGCAGGUCCAUCCUCAGUGGAGCUCAAAAGUGAGGCUGAAUUUCAGAAGUUCAUUGGGGACCGUGAUGCCAGUGUUGUGGGGUUCUUCGCUGAUGGAGGAAGUGCUGCUCAGGGAGAGUUCCUGAAGGCUGCCAGCGCUUUAAGAGAGUCCUACCGUUUCGCCUACACUAAUGUAGAGGACUUAUUGAAGAAGCAUGAUGUUGAUGGAGAGGGCAUUAUUUUGUUUCGACCACCUCAUCUCGGCAACAAAUUUGAAGACGGCAGUGUGAAAUUCACUGAGGACAAAUUCACAAGUGCAAAGAUCAAGAAGUUCAUUCAGGAUAACAUUUUUGGCAUCUGUCCCCACAUGAAUGAUGACAACAAAGACCAGCUGAAAGGCAAAGACUUGUUGGUGGCCUACUAUGAUGUGGAUUAUGAGAAGAACCCCAAGGGUUCAAACUACUGGAGGAACAGGGUAAUGAAGGUGGCCAAGAGCUUCCUGGAUCAGGGGAAGAAGCUCGGCUUCGCUGUGGCCAAUAAGAACAGCUUUAACCAUGACGUGUCUGAGCUGGGUCUGGACGGCAGCAGUGGAGAGCUGCCUCUUGUCGGCAUCCGUACUGCCAAGGGAGACAAAUACGUCAUGAAGGAGGAGUUCUCUCGCGAUGGAAAGGCCUUGGAAAAGUUCCUGCAGGAUUAUUUUGAUGGAAACCUGAAGCGUUAUCUCAAAUCAGAGACUAUUCCUGAGAACAACGAUGGCCCUGUGAAGGUUGUUGUGGCUGAGAACUUUGACUCAAUUGUAAAUGAUGAGAGCAAAGAUGUUCUCAUUGAGUUUUACGCCCCCUGGUGUGGACACUGCAAGAGCCUGGAGCCUAAAUUCAAAGAACUCGGAGAGAAGCUUUCCGACGAUCCAAACAUUGUCAUCGCAAAGAUGGAUGCCACUGCUAAUGAUGUCCCUUCUUCAUAUGAAGUUAGAGGAUUCCCCACAAUCUAUUUCUCCCCCGCUGGUCAGAAACAAAAUCCAAAGAAAUAUGAGGGAGGUCGUGAAGUCAGCGACUUUAUUUCCUACCUGAAAAGAGAGGCCACAAACACCGUGGUGGUGCAAGAGGACGAGAAGAAAUCAAAGAAGAAGAAAUCUGAGUUAUAAA